AUGUGGCAUAUCGGCAUCCCGUGCGACCUGGUUGAACCUGUCAUGUGCAAAUCGUUCGGAGGCACUCUCGACGGAGCAGCUCUGGAAUGGCUCAUGAACAUCACCCUCGGAUCCAUAUCCUUCCUUUCUGAUCUCAUCAACGCCUACUAUCAACAGUUCGCUAGCAGUCGCCAGUUGGAAAAGCAGACGAGUGACCUCUAUCAGUUGGCCCAAGGACCAAACGAGUCGCUACGCGAUUAUUUUGACCGUUUUAAUUGUGAAAAUAUUAGUAUAAAAAACUGUGAUGUCAAGACAGCUAUCGAAGCAUUCAAGAGAGGUCUCAUCCCCAACUCGGAGUUGUACCGGGAGAUUACCAAAUAUCCAUGCGCAACCUUCGAGGAGGUCAGAUCGAGAGCCACUGCCCAGAUGCGGAUCGAAGACGACGAGAUUACACGAUCGACAACACCACGAUCAGGGGGCAGCAGCAGGCGGUCGUACACCCCGAGGAACAACAGCUGGCGACACCAGCCAUACAACCGCCAAAACCAGGUACAAAAUGUCAAUCAGUAUAAUGAUACUAACAAUGUUUACAGGAAUGAAUGGGUCGACCACCCCGACAUCUCCGAAUAUGGCUUCAAUGUCGACAUUGGAGGCGUCGUGAACGCCCUUCAAAAUAUUAACAGGGGAGAAUCUGGAGCCUUCAAAGAGGGGCAGACGGAGAAUGAAAUCGCACUCGACAAAUCCUUAGCAGCAAUGUCAAUCACCAUCGACGACUCAGAUUCAGUGGACGCACAGCAGGAGCAUCAUGAAGGAUUUGUAAUAUCGCUCCCAAUAGGCAACGCUCUAAUCAAAAGGAUAUUGAUCGACAACGCCAGCUCGGCUAACGUACUGUUCUUGGAGGCCCUACAGGAAAUGGGGCUCGAGGAAAAGAACAUCGUCAGGAGAUCAACAGUCUUAGUAGGGUUCAGUGGAGAAUCGUUGCGAACAGUCGGAGAGAUAUCCUUGCCCACAUAUACAGAAGGUGUCAACAUCAUGACUAAGUUCAACGUCGUCGACUGCCCAUCAGCAUACAACGUCAUCUUAGGGCGACCAUGGAUCCACAAAAUGAAAGUAGUACCAUCAACAUACCACCAAUCAAUCAAAUUCCCAACCAAAUGGGGUGUCAUGGAGAUCAAAGGACAGCAAAGAGACGCAAAGAAAUGCUAUAAACCACACUGA